AUGCGGCUCAGCACGUUGAUGAAUUUGGGAAGUCCGGACAUUACGAUUAGGAAGUCCGGCCCUUUACUUUGGGGAAUCCGAUCAUUGGACUCAGGGUUUCUUUCGUUUUGUUAUUUUGAGGCUACAGUGGCUGAAAACUCUAAUUAUGAGUAUGCGCUUGAAGUUAACCAACUUCCAGUUACUUCAGUUAAUUAG